AUGUUGGCCAGGAACUAUGAGAACGCGCGCGCCGCCCCGGCGCGGACGCCCGCCCGCCCGCCGCCCUUCGGAGCGAUCCCCGCCCCGCCACCCGAAGGCAUAUUAGCCUGGGUUACUGUGAAUUUCCUAACAGGUCAACUGCAUGGCCAUGGCCAGGAGACCAUGGGGACCCUGGACUUGGGGGGAGCCUCCACCCAGAUCACAUUCUUGCCCCAGCUGGAGAAAACCCUGGAACAAACCCCUCAAGGCUACCUAACUUCCUUUGAGAUGUUUAACAGCACUUUUAAGCUCUAUACACAUAGUUACUUGGGAUUUGGAUUGAAAGCUGCAAGACUGGUGACACUGGGAGCUCUGGAGACAGAAGGGAUUGAAGGACACACUUUUCGAAGUGCCUGUUUACCAAGGUGGUUGGAAGCAGAGUGGAUUUUUGGGGGUGUGAAAUACCAGUAUGGUGGCAACCAAGAUGGGGUGAUGGGCUUUGAGCCCUGCUAUGCUGAGGUGCUAAGAGUGGUGCAAGGCCAACUUCACCAGCCAGAGGAGAUCAAGAGAAGUUCCUUCUAUGCUUUCUCUUACUAUUAUGAUCGAGCUGCUGACACACACAUGAUUGAUUAUGAAAAAGGAGGUGUUUUAAAAGUUGAAGAUUUUGAAAGAAAAGCCAGAGAAGUUUGUGACAACCUGGAGAGCUUCACUUCAGGCAGUCCGUUCCUGUGCAUGGAUCUCAGCUACAUCACAGCCUUGUUGAAAGAUGGCUUUGGCUUUGCGGACAGCACCCUUUUACAGCUCACAAAAAAAGUGAACAACAUAGAGACGGGCUGGGCCUUGGGAGCCACCUUCCACCUGCUGCAGUCUCUGGGCAUCUCCCACUGAGGCCGAACUCCCUCUUUAGUCUGUAGUCAACACCCCUUUAAGGGGAGGAGAGAAGACGCAAUCAUUUUCCAGGCUGGUAUAGGGAUAGCCUGCACUGAAGCCCAGCAACUGGUUUUAUCAGGAAGAGGCUUUUUAACAUGGAUCUUGCCUUUAAGCCUAGAGAUUUAGGUUUAAUUUUAUGCAUCUAACGUGAAUUGUUACCUAACCACUUUGGUGUACACAGCUGGCACUAGAAUUAUAAGUCUUGAUUCUUGGUGUGUUAACAAAGAAUCUUCAAGCCAAAAAAAAAAAGCUUUGGAACUCCUUCAACCUUGGAGAACUCAGGGAUGGGUUCCCUGGGAACCAAAGGAAAAAUCUCAUUCCAACCCUGCAGUGCCUCGUUCCUUUGAACAUUAAAAUUUUCCUCAUACAUGCUACAUUAGUACAAUCACAUGACUGAUCGAUACCAGUACAUAUUUUUCUUCACCCUCCAUUAUCCUUAAGAGAGAAAAACAACUGGUUUUGCUUUCCAUGUGUAAUUUUU